AUGCCUAGAAAAGCAGCAAAAACAAAAAUUGCAUUAUCAUAAAAUCCCAAAUUAAAUAAAAAACAAGAUCAAGAAAUAUAAAUUAGAUCAACUACAGCAGUUAAGUAUGAAUCAACUCGUGAUAAAAUUGUUCGCAGAUUUAGACCUGGAGAAAAGGCAAUUAAAGAACUUAAAUAAUAUAAUAGAGCCCCUUCACUAUUAAUUAGAAAAUUACCCUUUUAAAGAUUAGUCAGAGAUGUAGCAAGUAAUUAUUUUACUGAAUAAAAUCAAAAUUUUAGAUGGACUCCAAAUGCAUUGAGCGUUCUUUAAGGUGUAAGUGAAGAUUAUAUGGUUAGCUUUUUUGAAGAUGCCUAUGCAUGUGCUCUUCAUGCAAAAAGAGUUACUUUAUUGUCAAAAGAUAUGGCUUUGGCAUCUAGAAUUAGGGGUACAAGAAAUAUAACAGGUAUUCAUUUUAAAUGA